UUCAUCGUUUGUCCAUUCCAUAAACUUGCCAUUAGAUCUUUUUCUUUCUCCAAUGGAUUCCGGAGUACUUGCUUAUAUUCACAGCCAUUUCCUUGCCCUUGUUAUCGUCCUCCAGCUUGCUGCAAUACCUCAAGCUUACGACAACGUGACUGUGGGUUUAGCUCUCUUUGCCACCGAUGAUAACUCCACAUGGACUUCACAAUCUGGUGAUUUUGCUUUUGGAUUCCGCCGCCUUCCUGGUGAAGCAGAUCAGUUCCUCCUGGCUAUCUGGUACGCUAAGCUACCUGAACAAACUAUUGUUUGGUCUGCCAACAGGGAUUACCAGGCGGAGAGAGAAUCAAAAGUGGAGCUAACAACAACUGGAAAUCUAGUUCUCAGUGCUCCAAGUGGCAUGGAGUUGUGGAAGUCCAACAACACCGAGAAUCCUGGAGUGUUGCAUGGGGCCAUGCUAGACACUGGGAACUUCGUGAUUACAAACAGAGAUUCAAGCAUCAUAUGGGACAGCUUCAACGAACCAACCGACACCAUCUUACCAACCCAAGUAUUUAGUGUUGGGAACAACCUUUUUUCUAGCAUGUCUGAAAACAAUUACAAGCAGGGCAAAUUUCAGCUCCGUUUCACCCCUAUAAAUGUGAGUAAUGGAAAUAUGUCAUAUAGCUCUUACAAUCUGACACUUAACCAAGUAGAUGUCUACACCAAAAAUCCUUACGGAGCUUACUAUACCAGUCCUGACGUUUCUGAGCUAAGGUUGGACGAGUCAGGCUACCUUCACAUCUGGAACUCACGAAGCCAUAACACAUCAAACCUUACAAUGUCAAAGGGUAUUGUCAUGAGGCCAGACUCCAACUACUACAAGGCAACGCUUGAUUUUGAUGGAAUCUUCAGGGUCUAUGCCCACCCAAAGAAUGUUAGUACUGGCAAUGGCAGAUGGUAUGAAAUCUGGUAUGUUCCUGAAAACAUCUGCCUAAGUAUUUAUGACAGUUUCGGAGGUGGCCCUUGUGGGUAUAACAGCAUAUGUAAACUCGGCCCAUUGGGUAAGCCAGAUUGCCAAUGCGCCCCUGGCUUUUCUCUCCUGGAUGUAAACAACAGGUAUAGUGGCUGCAAACAAGACGAUGUCAGCUCUAUGCAUGAAUGCAAUGAGACGGGAUCUGUGAUUGCAGAGGAUCGAUUUGAGUUCAUUGAAAUGGAGUCUGCGGAUUGGCCUUUAACUGCCUAUGAAAUGCUGCAGCCUACAACAGAACAUGAAUGCAAGAAAUCUUGCUUGCGUGAUUGUUACUGUACAGUUGCCAUUUUUCAGGACCCAAAGUAUACUAAUGGCAGAGGAAAAUGUUGGAAGAAGAGAUUGCCGCUUUCUAAUGGGAGGUUCGGCAAUAGUUCCGUUGAGAGAAAAGCUCUAUUCAAGAAAUUGAAAUUGAAACCGAACAGAUCUUCCCAGCAUCCGAAGAAUCCAAACCCGGGUGGAAGACAGCAGAAUCAAGUAAUAGUGAUACUCGCAGUUCUCCUAGGUACUUCAGUACUUUUGAACUUCCUUUCUCUCACUUCUAUUUCUCUGGUUGGCUUCUGUUUGGGGCAAGGAAAACUGCCAAACUUCUAUAGAACCUUAAAUAUUAGAGAUCCAGAGAUAAAUCUACAUUCCUUUGCAUACAAAGAUCUUCAAGAAGCAACUAAUGGAUUCAAAGAAGAAUUGGGUAGGGGUUCUUUUGGCACAGUUUAUAAAGGGGUAGUAAUGGUAUCAGGUUAUAGCAAACAUGUUGCUGUCAAGAGGCUAGACAAGUUGGUGAGGGAAGGUGAGAGGGAAUUCAAAACCGAAAUGACUGUGAUCGGCCAAACUCACCAUAAGAAUCUAGUCCGGUUACUUGGCUACUGCGACGAGGGUGAGCACAGACUUUUGGUGUACGAGUUUAUGUACAACGGCUCCUUGUCGAGUUUCCUCUUUGGAGUGAUAAGACCAAAUUGGCAACCAAGAAUGCAAAUUGCAUCAGGAAUUGCUAGAGGACUCAUGUACUUGCAUGAAGAAUGCAGCACACAAAUCAUUCAUUGUGACAUAAAGCCCCAAAACAUACUCUUGGAUGAUUCUUUUACGGCCAAAAUUUCUGACUUUGGACUGGCAAAGCUUUUGAUGAGCCAGCAGACGCGGACUCUUACCGGCAUCAGGGGCACUAAAGGGUAUGUUGCACCAGAGUGGUUCAGGAAUAUUGCAGUCACAGUAAAAGUGGAUGUUUAUAGUUUUGGGGUCAUGCUGCUGGAGAUCAUUUGCUGCAGGAGGUGUGUAGAAAUUGAGAUGGAGAGGGCUGCAAUACUAAUUGAAUGGGCGUAUGAAUGUUAUAGUAAAGGUGAAGUUGAAAGAUUGGUGGAAAAUGAUGAGGAGGCUUUAAGUGAUCUGAAGAAGGUGGAGAAGUUGGUGACAGUGGCAAUUUGGUGUGUUCAGGAUCUGCCAUUAUUGAGGCCUUCCAUGAGGGAAGUCAGUAACAUGAUAGAAGGCAUUAUUGAGGUUUCUGCACCCCCAUGUCCUUUCCUCUACUGUUCAAUGUCUGGAUCUGAUUUUCAGUCAUCCUAG